GGCAAGCUGAAAAUGGUGUUGUUUGAGCUGAUAAAUCCGGCUCCGCUGACGCAGUCCGUCAAGUCUCGCGAGGCGAACAUUUAUUUUCACAGGGCCAUGUGGCUGAUCGGCUGGACACCGCCCAAGGAGGGAGUACUCCGGUAUGUCUACCUUUUCUGGACCUGCGUGCCGUUCGUCUUUGGGGUGUUCUAUUUGCCGUUGGGCUUCGUCAUCAGCUAUGUGAAGGAGUUCAAGAACUUUUCGCCCGGCGAGUUCCUCACGUCGCUGCAGGUGUGCAUCAAUGUGUACGGGUCAUCGGUGAAGUCAACGAUCACGUAUUUGUUCAUCUGGAGGCUGCGGAAGACGGAGCAGCUGCUGGACACGCUGGACAAGCGGCUGCAGACCGAAAGCGAUCGCCAGAAGAUCCACGAUAUGGUGGCACGCUGCAACUAUGCUUUUCUCAUCUACACCUUCAUCUACUGCAACUAUGCGGCGUCCACGUUCCUCUCGUAUACGCUGAGCGGUCGUCCGCCCUGGUCGGUGUACAAUCCGUUUAUCGAGUGGCGCAACGGCUUGGGCAGCCUCUGGAUACAGGCGAUCUUCGAGUAUAUCAUCAUGUCCUUUGUCGUGCUGCAGGACCAGCUGGCCGACAUAUAUCCCCUCAUGUACACCAUGAUCUUUCGGGCCCACAUGGAUGUGCUGAAGGAUCAUGUGCGGACUCUGCGCACGGAUCCCGAUAAAAGCGAAGCGGAAAACUAUCAGGAUCUGGUCAAUUGUGUGAUUGAUCACAAGACAAUACUGAGAUGCUGCGACAUGAUCCGUCCCAUUAUUACCCGCACAAUCUUUGUGCAGUUUACGCUGAUUGGAUCCGUGUUGGGUCUCACUCUGAUCAAUGUGUUCUUCUUCUCGAACUUCUGGAAGGGCGUGGCCUCCUUUCUGUUUGUACUCACGAUCCUGCUGCAGACAUUUCCCUUCUGCUAUACCUGCAAUCUACUCAUCGACGACGCCGAGGAUUUGGCCAACACAAUUUUCCAAUCCAAUUGGGUGGAUGCCGAGCCGCGCUACAAGGCCACCCUGGUCUAUUUCCUUCACAAUGUCCAGCACCCGACUAUGUUUAUUGCCGGUGGCAUAUUUCCCAUUUGCAUGAGCACGAACAUAAGCGUGGCCAAAUUUGCUUUCAGCAUUAUCACAAUUGUGCGACAAAUGAAUCUGGCGGAGCAGUUCCAGUAAAACGAACUUUCACGUUACUAUCCAAUCCUGAAUUAUUCUGCACUUGUAAUGGAAAAAAGUAGAGUCUGCCAUUUGCAUAAAAUUUAUAUAUGUUGGCGGCUUAUCCGCAUAAGAUUUUGCCUGAUUCAGUUGGUAAAUGGCAAUGGCAAUGGGAAUGGAGUGGAGCGGAGCGGGAGUGGGAGUGGGAGUCGGAGUGGAUGGGAGGCCAAAUUUCGUGGCUAAAUUUUGGUAAAUUGUGUUAACAGACGGAAAUUACAAACAGGCCAGACGCCGACAGCCAGACGAUUGGUACAGCUGGAAAGGGAAGCAGUCGCCAGAGCAUAGAACAGGAGACACAUUUCACUGAAGGAGCAGCCAGCCACACAGCACUACACAGCACAGCACAGGAAGUACAUAUAACUGUUUACAUAUUGUAUGCGAUUUUUAUUUAAAUUUUAUGUUAAACACGUGACUUGUAAACAGCAAAAAGGAAGGCACACCACCACCGCCAUAUUCGCCUGUCCGUACUCGUGUACGAGAAAUAAUAUAAAUCGCUUCGCUCAGUCAUAACAACUACAGCGGGGUUGAAAUCUAUUAUAUGCCGGCGGUUCAGUAAAAAGCAAAUAUUAUGACAUAUUUUUGCGGUUGUGCUUGCCACACACGCUCCUUUAUAUUUGCAAAGAAUAUCCACGUACGUGUAUAUAUAUGUACAUAUAUGUACAUACAUAUAUUUG